AUGAGUGCAAUAAAAGAUGAAGCUCUGAGAGCCAAAGAAAUUGCUGAGAAUAGAUUGCAGACUGGUGAUUUUGCAGUGGCACUGAAGUUUGCUAUGAAAGAUCAGCGACUGUUUCCUGAUACCCAGAACAUUACUCAGAUCAUUACUAUUUAUGAGGUUCACUAUGCUUCUCAGAACAAACUCUCUACAUCUGAUAUGAACUGGUAUGGAAUUCUUCUAACUGAUAAAUUUUCUAAAGAAGCAAUGAUAAAGAGACAGUAUAGAAAACUUGCACCGCUACUUCAUCCUGAUAAAAAUAAAUCUGCUGGAGCAGAGGCCGCUUUCAAGUUGAUUGUGGAAGCUAACAGAAUAUUGAGUGACCCAACAAAGCGUUCUUUAUAUCACAUGAAGAUUAGCCGCCUUGCUGGAAUUAAAGCACCUCAGGAUCCAUCCUAUCACCAUAAUCUUCACACUUCUUCAACACAAAUCCCGCUGGCCACUUGGAACUCAACCUGUAAAAUCGCAUAA